AUGUCAUUAAAGGACUUUCAGAUAUUGCAAGAAUUAGGUAUUGUAAAUAUACGAACUAGGUGAGGGAGCCUAUUCUAAAGUAUAUAAAAUAAAAAGAAUUGCAGAUUAAUAAGAGUAUGCUCUUAAAAAAGUUAAUUUGUAAUCUCUUUCUGAUAAAGAGAAAUAAAAUGCACUUAAUGAAGUAAGAAUAUUGGCAAGUGUAAGACAUGCUAAUGUUAUUCAGUAUAAAGAAGCAUUUUUGGAAGAAUAAUCUUAAACAUUAUGGUAACUAUUUAUAUGCAAUUAUUUUAAGUAUCGUAAUGGAGUAUGCAGAUGAUGGAGAUCUAUAUUAAAAAAUAGUAGAAUGUUAAAAGAAGGGAGUUCUUAUGUCGGAAAAAGAUAUUUGGAAUAUAUUCAUAUAAGUAUUUCUUAAUCUAUAUUAAUAUUACAGAUUGUAAAAGGUUUAAAAGCAUUACAUGAUAUGAAAAUAUAUCAUAGAGAUCUUAAAUCUGCAAAUGUCUUUAUGAAUAUAGAUGGAACUGUUAAAUUGGGAGAUAUGAAUGUCUCUAAAGUUGCAAGAAAAAUAUUACUCUACACUUAAACUGGAACACCUUAUUAUGCAUCUCCUGAAGUUUGGAAAGAUUAACCUUAUGAUUCUAAAUCUGAUAUAUGGUCAUUAGGAUGUGUCUUAUAUGAAAUGACAACAUUAAAGCCUCCAUUUCGAGCAGAAGAUAUGAAUGGUUUGUAUAAAAAAGUAGUCAAAGGAUUUUACCCAAAAAUACCUACAAUCUAUAGUUAAGAUUUAAGUAAUGUUAUCAGGACUUUGUUAUAAGUUUAACCACAUUUAAGACCUAGUUGUGAUAAAAUUUUAUAACUAUCUGCUAUAGUAAAUAGACUAGAUGAUAAAGUUUUGGUUGAAGAAGAGGGAGCUAAAUUUUUAUUAUAAACAAUCAGAGUUCCUAGAAAUAUGCAUUAUUUAACUGAUAGAUUGCCAAAACCUAAUUAUAAUCCAAUUAGAAUGACAAAAAUUGAUAAAUAAUAGUUUAUCUAAACUUUAGCUAUAUAGAAAUUGAAUUAAGAAAAUUUGGAGGAAAAUCAUUCAUUACAUGUUGAUUUUUUACCUCGUCUCAAUAAAAGAAAUGAAGAGAGUCUUGAUAAUUCAGUUGUUUCAAGAAAUAAUAAAAAAAAUGAUGAUACUUAAUUGGACAAUGUAACUAAUAAAAAUAAUUAAAUAAAUUAAAUUUAUGGAGUUGGUAUCCAUCCUAAGAAAAAAGAAUAAAGAAUUUCUAAUAAAUCUUAAAAACAUGAUAAUCUAAAAGCAAUAAGAAAAAAUGAAUUGGAUAAUGAACUUAAACCUUUGAUUAUAAAAUCGUAAAAUAUUCUUUCAUGAUAGUUAUAGUCCUUAAAAUGUAAAUGAUGAUAGAUAGCCUUUAUUACCACUCUUACCUAGCAUUAAAAAAGAUGUUUCAAAAUAAAAUGAAGAUGAAUAAUUGAAAAAGAUAAAAUAAACAGAAGAAUUAAUUUAAUAAUUAAAAGAGAGACAAUAGAAAUAUAAGAAAAUUCAGAAAUUAUGA